AUGCCGAAGUUCAUGGAGUUCAAGCCGGAAGAGGACGACGUCGACGGAUAUCUCGAACGCUUCGAGAUUUUCCUUCGAGUGAACGCUGUCAAGACGGAAGACAAGGCCGUGACGCUGCUGAACUACAUCGGGAAAGCGUCGUACCAGGUUCUGAAAACCUUGCUCGUCCCAGACUCGCCGGUAUCGAAAUCGUGCGACGUACUUUCCGAGGUGCUGAAACGCCACUACGCGCCCAAGCGCUUAGUGAUUGCAGCGCGCACGAAGUUCCAUUGGAGAAAUCAAGAGGUCGGCGAGAGCCUAGCGGACUUCUCCUUGGCUAUCAAGAAGCUCGCCCAGACAUGCGCGUUCAAGGACUACCUCGACCAGGCUCUUCGGGAACGGCUCGUGGCGGGGUGUCGCGACUUUGAGGUACAGCGGACACUCAUCCAGUUUGACGACGAUUACUUCCACGAAGUUCUAAAGGUGGGCCUGGCCAAAGAACUUUCUCUGCGCAAAAUGGACGAGAUACGACAGCCCGGCGUUCCGGACUCAAUGGACGUGCACCGCGUUCAAGAGUACAACUUCAAGGUCCUGUACCGCAAGGACGGGGAGCUCGGGGAUGCUGAUGCCCUAUCGAGACUUCCUCUGAAAACAACUGUAGGAGAGGAAAUACCACUCCAGCCAUGGAAGAUGACCUCGCGGGUCUUUGAACGUGUUCAUUUGGACUUUGCAACCAAGUCGGGAACCAACCUGUUUGUUUUGGUUGACAGUUUUUCUAAAUGGGUUGAGGUCCUGCCCAUGUCUUCCACAACCGCACCCCAAACAGUCGAGAAACUUAUGGCUGUCUUCGCACAGUUUGGAGUACCCGAAGAAGUGGUAACUGAUGGAGGCCCCCAGUUUCGAAGUGAGGAGUUCAAGAACUUCUUGAAGGAUCAAGGAGUGGUGCACACCAUGACGCCACCCUACCCCCCGGCUUCGAAUGGCGCCGCGGAGAGGGCUGUGCAAACAGUCAAGCGAGCGCUGCUCAAGCAGGUACUUGAAGACGACCUCCAAGGGAAGAGAAGGAAUAUCCAUGAGAAGUUGUCGUGUUUCCUACUCGCCUACCGGACGACACCACACACAAGUACUGGAAAGGAACCUGCAGAGCUCUUCCUGGGACGGCUUCCGCGGACCCGACUGUCGCAGCUCAAGCCAGGCGCAACGUCCCUUCCACGACGAGAGAAGCAAAACAAGAAAAAGGAGCUGGCUGACAAGCGCAGAGGUCCAACGAAACUCCUUCAAGUGGGCGACAGAGUUUGGGUCAGAAAUCCUCUUCGGAGAGUGGAUCGAGUGACAGUGAGAGUGUUGAUGAACCGGGCGAAUGUGAGGUGCCUAUGCCACUGA